UCUUUUUCGGCCGCCAGGAAGAAAGAGAAAGAGAGACGGAGAGAGAGAGGGGGCUUCGACGAGUUGUUUUCAUCAUUUUCCGGUCAGUAAUUGAUACCCCUUCUUCUGUCCAACGCCGCAAGGGUUGUUGUUGUUGUUGUUGUUGUAUUAUAAUCGAAACCAAUCCUUUUUGCCGCACGGAGGAGGAGGCCGUGGCGCUUUGCUUUGCCUUGCGAAGAAGGCGGAAGCCCUUCUGACCUCCGGCGGUUCCGUAAUUUGUUAGCUCAGAAAUGAUGCUCAAGAUUAAGAGGGUUCCUACCGUUGUCUCCAAUUAUCAAAAGGAGGAUGAAGAAGAAGAUGAAGAUGAAACUACUCGUAGCCGUGGAGGAGGUUGCGGACGAAAUUGCCUCCAGAGUUGUUGUAUUUCAGGGGGAGCGAAGCUACCUCUCUAUGCAUUCAGAAGGAUGAAUAAAUUUGAGAAAGAUUCUUCUCGUCCUCAUUCUACCUUUUUGGAUUCUCUUCUCCUUGGGAAGUGGGAAAGCCGUAUGCAGAAGGGUCUCUUUCGGUAUGAUGUGUCUCUCUGUGAAACUAAGGUUAUUCCUGGGGAGCAUGGCUUCAUUGCCCAGUUGAACGAAGGCCGUCAUCUACAGAAAAGGCCUACGGAGUUCCGUGUUGACAAGGUUCUGCAGCCGUUUGAUGCCAAUAAAUUCAACUUUACUAAAGUGGGACAAGAGGAAUUGAUGUUCCAGUUUGAAGCCAGUGAAGAAGAAGAAGAUGAUGAAUCUCACUUCUUCCCCAAUGCUCCUAUUGACGUUGAGAAUUCUCCAAGCGUUGUAGCCAUCAAUGUUAGCCCGAUUGAAUAUGGACAUGUGUUGUUGAUUCCACGCGUGCUAGAGUGCUUGCCUCAGAGGAUUGACAGGGAAAGCUUAUUGCUUGCUGUAUACAUGGCAGCAGAAGCUGCAAGCCCUUACUACCGAUUGGGAUACAACAGCUUGGGUGCAUUUGCUACUAUCAACCACCUUCACUUUCAGGCUUACUACUUGGAGAUGUCCUUUCCAAUAGAGAAGGCUUCUACGAAGAAGAUAAGAAGAAUGAAUAAUAAUCGUUGUGGAGUGAGAAUAAGUGAGCUGGUUAACUAUCCUGUGAGAGGGCUUGUUUAUCAGGAAGGAAACAGUAUUGAAGAUUUAUGUAAUGCGGUGUCAGAUUCGUGCAUAUGCCUUCAAGAGAACAAUAUACCUUACAAUGUGCUUAUAGCUGAUUCUGGGAAACGCAUAUUCAUAUUGCCACAGUGUUAUGCAGAGAAGCAGGCUCUUGGAGAAGUGAAAGCGGAGCUUUUGGAAACACAAGUGAACCCAGCAGUGUGGGAAAUCAGCGGACACAUGGUGCUGAAGAGGAGGGAAGACUUUGAGGAGGCGUGUGAGCAAAAUGCAUGGAGGCUACUGGCAGAGGUGUCCUUAUCGGAGGCAAGGUUUGAAGAGGUAAAAGCUCUUAUAUUUGAAGAAGCAAUCUCCCCAAUCUCUUCAUCAUGUGGUGCUGUUGAAGAAGAAGAGCUUGAAACUACUACUACUACUAUUGACGAUGUGGUGGGGGUGGAGAAAGGAGGAGGAGGAGCUGCUGCUGCUGCUGCUGCAGUGGUACCAGGAGGAUCUACUCUAGAAUGCCUGGUGCAUCAGUAAGAAAGAAACUAAAAUAUUAUAUGUCUCUCUUUCUCUCCAAGUAAGUGUGGACUGGACUGGAGUGGAGUAGUAGAGUAAUAUUAAUUAUUAUUAUGCUGUCUUUUUUUUAUGAUUGAUGACUUCCGAUUGAGAACACAUACAUAUAUGUUCCAUUAUUAUUAUUUUAAGAUAAUCUAUCUGCUUGUUUA